GCCAACUCGGCUAGUUGUCAAAUUAGCAAAGCUGACUAGCCAGCUAAUGUAUUGGUGGGAGACCAGUGUCCGUGGUUUUCUGAAUAGAGAGCAAAUUUGGGUUUUAUCAUGGUGUUUCCACUGUAGGAAACACUUCAAACGACACCCAAGGAAUUUUCCCCCGCACGUUCCUCUUGUUCGAGCGCAUAAACAAGGUGUGAAUGACCGACGUGGUGUCCCCCACUGCGCUCAGCGAAGUCCAGCUCCGCCUCCUCUGCCACGAUGACAUAGACAGCGUCAAGCUGCUGUGUGGUGAUUGGUUCCCCAUCGAGUACCCAGACUCAUGGUAUAAUGACAUCACAUCCAACAAGAAGUUCUUCUCCCUCGCCGCCAUCUUCAAGGGAGGCAUCGUGGGAAUGAUCGUAGCUGAGAUCAAGGGCCGGACCAAAGUACACAGAGAGGAUGGAGACAUCCUAGCCUCUAGAUUUCCUGUGGACACCCAGGUGGCUUACAUACUGAGUCUGGGGGUGGUGAAGGAGUUCAGGAAACAUGGAAUAGGCUCCUUGCUGCUGGACAGUCUUAAGGAACACAUCUCCACCACGGCCCAGGACCACUGCAAGGCCAUCUACCUCCACGUGCUGACAACCAACACCACGGCUAUACACUUCUACCACAACAGAGACUUCACGCAGCAUCACUACCUACCUUACUACUACUCCAUACGAGGGGUGCUGAAAGACGGCUUCACAUACGUUCUGUACAUCAACGGAGGGCAUCCGCCCUGGACGCUCUUUGACUACAUCCAACACAUUGGCUCGGCCCUGGCCAGCCUCAGUCCCUGCUCAAUCCCCCAGAGACUCUACAGACAGGCCCAGUCUCUGCUCCGCAGCCUGAUACCCUGGUCCGGCAUCGCAUCCAAGACUGGUAUCCAGUACAGCAGGACCAUGUGACAGGACAGGACACUCUGACCUCACCUGACCCACCACCACUCGGAACCCUGGAAAGACUGAGGGCUGAGAUCUCCCAAACACCAACCAAGACACCCAGCCACUCAAUCCAGACCCUACAAACCAACCCAGCCCACCAAACCCAGCAAGCUACACACCAAGCGUCUCGUCUCUCCCUAGCUGUCCUAUCCUGUCCUACAGCUCAUACAGAGACGAUGUAUUAUAGCUGUACAUUACAUAUAUCCUCUAAUAUAUAAAUACAUAUAUACUGUAUAUAUAUACCCUGUCAGUAGCUGCCCUGUCCUCCACUACUGUAUAUAUAUAUACCCUGUCAGUAGCUGCCCUGUCCUCCACUCUACCGUCUGAGCCAGUGGUGUAGUGGAGGGUCAGCACAUGUAGACUCCGUUCACCUUUUCUUUACUGUCGUGGGAAAAGCCAUUGAAAUAUAGGGAUUGAGUGUUACUUUAUUCACUGGAAUAGUGUGGACUGGGUUAAGAUUCAGUAGGGUUGGGGUCAACUCUGGUUUCAACUGGACCGGGGUGAGAUUCAGUAGGGUUGGGAUCAACUCUGGUUUCUACUGGACCGGGGUGAGAUUCAGUAGGGUUGGGGUCAACUCUGGUUUCAACUGGACCGGGGUGAGAUUCAGUAGGGUUGGGGUCAACUCUGGUUUCAACUGGACCGGGGUGAGAUUCAGUAGGGUUGGGGUCAACUCUGGUUUCAACUGGACCGGGGUGAGAUUCAGUAGGGUUGGGAUCAACUCUGGUUUCAACUGGACCGGGGUGAGAUUCAGUAGGGUUGGGAUCAACUCUGGUUUCAACUGGACCGGGGUGAGAUUCAGUAGGAUUGGGGCCAACUCUGGUUUCAACUGGACCGGGGUGAGAUUCAGUAGGGUUGGGGUCAACUCUGGUUUCAACUGGACCGGGGUGAGAUUCAGUAGGAUUGGGGUCAACUCUGGUUUCAGUUCAGACAAUUUGAAAUGCUAUUUGUCAAUAAUCAGAAUCCACAUAGAAAAAUAAUUUGUUAUUUCAAUACAAUCAUUGAAAUCCUGAAUCCUGAGUUGAGAUCAGCACUCACAUUUUCACACAUCUUCCAUUGACAUCAACGUAUGAUCUACACAGAAGUCUACUUUAAGUGUGCACAGAGAUCUCAAGGACUAGGAUUCCUCCCAGACUUUCAGUCCACUUUGGGUCUGAUUCAGACUUGAGAUAAGUAGACUUACAGUAAAUCAUUUUGUUUUUGUUUUUACUGAAGUCCACAUUUCGUCAACUUAUCUCAAGUCUGAAUUGUGCCCUUCCUGACCUAAUGUUGACCUGAAACCCUGCUGUCUGUCUGUCCCCUUCAGGGCUGUCUGUCAUUCUGCUGCUCAUGUAGACAACCAGACAGGUUUUAAUCCUGAUGUUUAACAUAGCGGACAUUAGAUUUGUGUGUCUGCCUGUUUGUUUUAACAGAUUAAAAAAUAUAACAUGGUAGAAGUUGCUCCCUCUGUGAGAUUCCCCCAAUACCCCAAAUAUAUGUGUGUGUGUGUGUAGUGUGUGUGUGUGUGUGUGUGUGUGUGUGUGUGUGUGUGUGUGUGUGUGUGUGUAGUGUAUGUCUAGUCAAAUGUAGUGCACUAUAAAGGGAGUAGGGCCCAUAGUAGUGCACUAUAUAGGGAAUAGGGUGCUAUUUAUGACUCAACCGAGGUGUAGUUAAGUUAGACAGUUUCUAGAUCAUGUUUUAAAGAGGAGCAGUGUGUGUAUAGGGUUACAGAAUUCCUCUAACUUUUCCCAACACUCCCAAAGUUUUCCAGAGAUCCUGGUUGGACGAUUCCUGGAACGACGAGCGGAUAAGCAGGAAAUCCGGGAAUCGUCCAACUGGGAUUUGUUAAAUAGCCUGGAACUUUGAGAGAGUUAAGGGAGUUGUGCAACGCUACUGGGUGUCUAGAUAACAUCUUUAAACAGGAGGGUGGAUUGAGGUAAUACUGAAUGUAGUGUUGAUAGCACCACUUAACUGACCAGUCUGAUUUUAGGAAGAAACGAAUCACUCUGGACACAGAUCCAGUUAACUGAUUGACCAGUCUGAUUUUAGAAGAGACUAAUCACUCUGGACACAGAUCCAGUUAACUGAUUGACCAGUCUGAUUUUAGAAGAGACUAAUCACUCUGGACACAGAUCCAGUUAACUGAUUGCCCAGUCUGAUUUUAGAAGAGACUAAUCACUCUGGACACAGAUCCAGUUAACUGACCAGUCUGAUUUUAGGAAGAAACAACUCACUCUGGAGACAGAUCCUAAAUUGAGAUGUAUUCUCAUUAAUAGCAGCAUUAGAGCCACAUUUUUAUAGUGCAGAAGCAAUGUGCAAAAUGUACUGUAAAACUUGUUAUAAUCUGGAAGUUGGAUUUCAUUUAAAACUUUUCUUCAAUGUGUGUUUAUAAAGAGACGUCUAAGGCAUCGCUCAGUUUGCCUCACUAGAGUUCAGUAAUCGCCUCUUUUAUAACGCGUAUUGUUGAAGAAAAGUUUCAAAUUAAAUCUUACUGCGAGAUUAUAAUGAGGUUUACGGUAAUUUUUCAAUUUUGCACAAUGUUUUUUUGCGCUAUGAAAAUAGGAACCCUUAAUCGGGGUCUGGGAACCUUCCCCUGUAGGUGAAAUGGAACAGAGUGGGUCUCGUAAAAACUGGCUGAACACCAAAUGGCACUCAGUUCCCGAAUUUGUCCACUACUUUUGACCACAAACCAAUGUAGAGCUCUGGUCAACAAGUAAUCCACUAUAUAGGGGAUAGGGUGCCAUUUGGAUUGAGACAUUAUUGUUCAACUGAAAAUAUAAUUUGAUCAGGAGGAGUUUUAUUUAUUUAUUUUUAUUGUGCUUGACAGCCUUCAUCCAAAACGGGGAUGUGCACGAAGGUCUCGUUUGUGUCUUAAGAGGCAGAGUGUGUCCCAAAUGGACCCCUAUUCCCUACGUAGUGCACUACUAUAGACCUUAACCACAGAGGGUUAGCCAUUCAGGGCUCUGGUUGAAAGUAGUGCACUACAUAGGGACUGGGGUUCCAUUUGGGGUGUAGUUCAUCUGGUUGUAAGUAGUGUAAAUACAAAAUAUAUAAUGUCCUUUUUUUUCCACAGCAGAAGAAUGGAUGCUUUUUUAAACUAAUGUCUGUGAUUGCAUCUUGAGCUGGUUUUCUAUUUAAUAUAUAUAUAUUUUUGUGCUUAUUUCUUUCCGUUGAUUUGUUGUCUUCUAUGUGGACAGGGACAGGAAAGAGACCUUUUAUUUGGUUUGUUAAAUAAGUCUUUUCAUUACGUUGUCUUGCCUUCAGUUUUUCAAUGCGUUUGGUUUUUCAAUAAGGGACAACCUUGUAUGGUUGUAGCUGAUUUGACUAGGACUUCAACUAGAUCUUUUUUCUCCGUUGUGAAUGAGAAUCCACUUUUUCAAGUUCACCUGCGGCCUUGGUUCCAAUACACUUUUUACACAGACCAAAAUAUAACAGUUCAGAUGGGGACUACUAGACAUGAUGACGCAGAAUACACAUUACAUGUAUCCAGUAGCAAAUUUAAUGUUUUUAUUCUGUGUUACAGAAAUGAAUCACUUUACUAUCACCGGGUUGGGGUCAAAAUCACUUUUUAAAUUCUAGUCAAUUGAUGUACACUGACAUUCCAGUUCCAAUUGUCUUCAAUGCAUUUCAAUAAAGAACAUUUGGAAUUCG